AUGGAGCCUGGAAUCCCUCCCAUGAUGGAAAGAAGCCCAGCUUAUACUCAUGUUUUGACGGCUGGAGGGAUUGGCGGCGCUACGGCAGACUUAAUGAUGCAUUCCUUGGAUACAGUCAAAACCAGACAACAAGGAGCUUUAUAUACAGACAAGUAUAGAGGGAUGGUUCGUAGCUAUCUUACAAUCUUUCGAGAAGAGGGUCUUUUUCAUGGUUUAUAUAGUGGAGUGUGCCCAAUGCUGCUCGGCAGUCUUCCGGCUACGGCAUUAUUUUUUAGUUCCUAUGAAUUCACUAAAAGGCGUCUAAUGGAUACCUAUCACGUUCCAGAAACUCUUUCAUUUUUGCUCGCGGGCUUUGUCGGUGAUCUUUUUGCAUCCGUCGUUUAUGUACCAUCAGAGGUCUUAAAAACUCGUCUACAACUUCAAGGAAGAUAUAACAACAAAUUCUUUAAGUCUGAUUACAACUACCCCUCUUUUCGAGGUGCCAUUAAGCAGAUUGCAAAGGAAGAAGGUCCGAGAACAUUCUUCUUUGGGUACCGCGCUACUGUUUUACGAGACAUACCUUUUUCUGGAUUGCAGCUACUAUUUUAUGAAAAACUUCGUCAAGGAGUGCAAAGGUACUCUGGUAAAAAAGAGAUUGGCGUCAGAUAUGAGUUACUUAUAGGUUCAUUAGCAGGUGCGGGGGCUGGAUUUUUAACAACUCCUUUAGAUCUUGCGAAAACAAGACUUCAGACUAUGGUACGACCAACAGGUGUUUCGGACAACAUUCAAAGUGGUCGUUAUUUUUAUGGUCAAAUGGAAAAUUCUUUGGGAAAAUCUGCUUCAGCCCCUCGAAACCAAGCAGUUGGAAUCAGAAAAGUAUUAUCUACCCUUUACAGAAAUGAAGGAGCCAUGGGAUUAUUCAAAGGUGUUGGUCCUCGCGUGUUCUGGACUUCAUCACAAAGUUCACUAAUGUUUGUUUUUUAUGAAAGCAUAAUUAGACUUUUCAAACAAAAAGAAGCUGAGUCUAUGUUGAAUUGA